AUGUACAAGAACCAGCUGCAAGAGCUGGCCCAAAGGAGCUGCUUCAAUUUGCCUUCCUACACGUGCAUUCGGGAAGGUCCAGACCACGCGCCCAGGUUCAAGGCCACCGUCAACUUUAACGGCGAGAUCUUCGAGAGCCCUCACUACUGCUCCACCCUCCGUCAGGCCGAGCACUCCGCCGCCGAGGUCGCCCUCAACUACCUCUCCAAUCGCGGUCCUUCUCACUCUCUCGCCGCUAGGAUUCUGGAUGAGACGGGGGUUUACAAGAACCUCUUGCAGGAAAUUGCUCAAAGAGUUGGAGCUCCAUUGCCGCAAUACACAACGUUCAGGUCUGGCCUUGGCCACCUACCUGUUUUCACUGGGACAGUGGAAUUGGCUGGAAUCACAUUUACAGGGGAACCUGCUAAGAACAAAAAACAAGCUGAGAAGAAUGCAGCAAUGGCAGCUUGGUCAUCUUUGAAGCAAUUGGCAAAGGAAACUGCGAGUUCUUCAUCUGAACCAGAGAACAAUGAUGAGCUGGAACAAAUCACUAUAGCACGAGCCUUGCUCACUUAUCGUUUGAAGGAAAAGAUGGCAAAUCCAACUGCUCCAAUACUAUUUCCGAAGAAGUUUCCAGUUCAUAACCCCAGACCUACAAGUCCACAGCCUCCAUCUGCUCACACCUCAAAAAUACUGCCCUUAAUUUGCCAAAAGCAAGCUCCUCGCAGCAGACUCCAAUCAAAUGCAACAAAUGAUAAUCGUAUCCCGUCAUCACAGCCUUCUCCAUUAGAAAGCCGUGUUUUGCGUCCCAAUAGAUUCCCUGCUGCAGGAGCAGCUCCCUAUGUUCCCAUCCGACAAUUGAGGACUCCUUGCCAUGGGAUUGCACCGCCAGUGACAAUAAGGACAGCAGUGCCUGUGUUCUCGGCACCACCACUUCCGCCACCUCCUGUGAUGCCCUGCCAGGCAAUGCGUGUCCCACCACUACGAGUGGCUCCUCCUGUCACUAUGAGGCAGGCUGUGCCUGUAUUUUCUGCUCCACCGAUUAGAAAAGAUGAUCCACCAACCACUCGGAAAGAAGAUCUUCCAAUCAUUGUGAAAGAAGAUCUUCCAGUCAUUCGGAAAGCAGAUCCUCCUGCUGUUAUUGCUUCUUCCCCACAGAAUGAUUUGAUAGAGGAAACUGGUAGCGCAUCCAGCUUGCAGGAAUCCAAGACAGUGCAAAGCUUGGAACAACUAAAAAUUUGA